AUGGUGGUCGACGCCUUCGGCGCAUCGAAGACCAUCCAGAAGACUUGGAAAAAGCGAGGCGAGACGGGCAUCGCUUACGACAUCAAGUGCAACCCGGCGCAUGACAUCGUUUCGAGAGAUGGUUUUUUCGUGUUACUAAUGUAUUGCUUGAUGGUUCCUGUUGGCGGUCUGAUUGUUGGUGGCCCUCCAUGUUCGCUCUUUACAUUUCUUUCAUCUUCGGUACACAUGCGGGCCGACGGCUACGAGUACGGGGACGAGUCCAAUUACAAUGUCAGGCUUGCGAACCGCAUCGCGCUGAAUUUCAUGUUCAUCCUGAAGUUGAUGCAUAUGUGGAACCGGAAAGUCUACUGGGUCAUCGAACAACCGAAAUCAAGUUGGAUGAUGAAACUUCCAGAAGCACAAGAACUGAUGGACAUUACCAAGGCGGAGCGAGUUUUCACAUAUAUGGGAGCAUUUGGUCACGUGCUGCUCAAGGCGAGCCAUCUCUUCGGAAACCUGCCGACGCUUAGCCGCAUGGCCAGGGAGAAACCCAUUGACCACGAGAAACACGAUGAUCCUGACCGAAUGCAGAUGUGGGAAGAUUCAGACGGCAUCAAGAGGGUCACGGGCGGCAAGAACCUUCCCCAGACGGCCGAAUACACACCGCUGUUCUGCUCUGCGCUAUACAGCACAUGGUUGCGAAGUUACAACUUCACGCUUCCGUGA